AAUGCAUGAGUGCCUGCACACUCAGUAGUCAGCUGAACUUACCAGAACCAGUUCAUAAUAUGAUCAACAUUUAGCCGAAAACAAUGAAGUGUAACAUGCUUGUCAUUGUCUUUGCUUUGUUCUUCGUCAAAGAGGAUGCUUUUGCCCACAAUCGAGCCAAACGGGAAUAUUCAAAAACUACAUAUGAUCUGGCUGGAUCUAAAAUCACACAAAACUUUAGGUUUACAAGAGAUCUUUCAAGCCCAUCAGAUGAAGGAACUCAUACCUGCAGUAUAUGGGGUAACAAGGCAGUCAAGACAUAUACCAACGAAUUUUAUCAUUUUCAAUCAACAUGCAACCAUAUUCUGAGUCGCCAAUGCCAAGGUGGUACUGAAGAUUUUAAUGUGGAAAUUCGUAGUGAUCCAAAUGGCAAAUUGGUGCACAUUUUCAUAAAAACUGACGGUGUUAUGAUAGUUAUGACGAAUGAUACAUACAAGGUGAACGACGUUAAAGUUUUAUUGCCUUAUGAGAACAAAGUGAUUACAAUUCAACAAUAUGGAGUCAAUGUACGCAUUAACAACAGGCAGCGCACUAUAUCUGUGGUCUGGAAUCAUGAAGAUGCAUUGUCGAUAACAGUUGACUCUCAAUAUAAGGGACUAUUAUGUGGCCUAUGUGGACCCUUUGAUGAUAGCAUCUCAACAACCUAUGAUUUGAACUACAUCUACGCGUACAAAUUGGAUGAAUGGAAUGCAGACUGCACCGUCCGAUUCUCCAAAAUAAAUAAUUGCACAUCAGCUGAUAGUUGUUCAGCAAUCCGCGAGCUUUUCGCAGCAUGCUCUUCUCCUGCCAUCAACGAUAAAUUUGUGGAAAUGUGUCGGAAGGAUGUUUGUACUAAUAAUGAAGCCGAGGCACCCCAUUGUUCCAGCUUUAAUGAAGCAUCAAAAGAGUGUGCACAAGUAGAUCCAUCAAGCUGGAACACAUGGAGGGAUUCUGUCCAAUGCACAUGGCCCACUUGUCCAGGGAAUCAGGUUUACCAAGAUUGUGGUCCGGUUUGUAAGUCAACCUGCACCGACCCAAAUUCUGAACAACAGUGUGAUCGGUGUGUGAAUUCAUGUGAUUGUCCACAAGGGACUGUCCUUGAUAAUGUCAGAGGCGGCAACACAUGUAUCAACUACACGGAUUGUCCUUGUGCAUAUGAUGGACAAAUAUAUAAUUCUGGAGAAACACACAAUUCCUUGUGCCAUUCAUGCACCUGCACGAGUGGAAUCUGGGAAUGUACUGAUCUUAACUGCCCCAAAAUAUGCCAAAUUGAAGAAGGAACUCAUAUCACAACAUUUGAUGGCAAAUACUUUAAUUUGAUCGGAGAUUGCUCGUAUUAUGCAAUUGUCACAACGGACUGGUCAGUGAAAAUUGAAAUGCAUCCAUGCCAUUCAGCAUAUAGACAGACAUGUCUACAGCGAGUAACAUUCACAAAAUUUCAGAACUUCUAUUCAAUCAAUAACGAAGGAGCUAUUUAUCAGAAUGACAACCAAGUGGGAUUGCCUUUUGGAAAUGGUGAAAUAAUGAUAUUUCAACAGUCAUCAAUGUACAUUCAAUUGAUCACAAAAGAUGGUCUGAAGAUACAGGUACUGAUAUCUCCCAUCAUGCAGCUUUACAUGUCACUGCCCAAAACUGCCAAAGGAACCACUAAAGGUUUGUGCGGCACCUACAACGACAAUGCAGAAGAUGAUUUUCUAUCGUCACAGGGCAUUGUCGAGUUCACAUAUGUUCCUUUCAGUGAAUCGUGGAAAACCAAUGAUGGCUGCCCUUCACCAAUAGUGAAUCCAACCUGUGUUAGCUCAGAACAUGAAAAUUAUGCCAAAGAGCAAUGUGCGUAUAUAAAAGACCCAACAGGAGCUUUUUCCAGCUGUCAUUCUGUAGUGGAGUAUUUGGUGUAUUAUGAAAUGUGUAAAGCUGCUUCAUGUAAUUGUAUAAAACUCGAUGACUGUGUGUGUGCGGCAAUGGAAGCAUAUGUUCAUGCUUGUUCCGCAAAGGGCAUCGUUGUGAUGAACUGGAGGAGAUCUAUUUGUGCAAUAACUUGCCCCAGCACACAAGUUUACCAUUACAAUAUGAGUGCCUGUAAUCGCACCUGUGAAUUUCUGUCAACGUUUGACUUCACCUGUCAGUUUCAAGACACUCCAAUUGAUGGCUGUGGUUGCCCUGAGGGAACGUACAUGGACGACAAAGCAACAUGUGUACAAAUAUCAGAAUGCCCUUGUUACGUUAAUGGGAUCAUUGCAAACAGAGGUGAAAUUAUUACAGUAAAUGGAAUGAAAUGUUUCUGCCAGAAUGGAAUCCCAUCUUGCCCUAAUGAAAACAGCCUGCCCAUUUCAGAAGGUUGCCAAGAUAAACAAUUUUCGGACUGUACCAAUACAAGUUUAUGUAAGAGGACGUGUGAAACCCUAAACAAACCAUGUCCAGACCCAUGCGUCCCAGGUUGUGUCUGCCCUGAUGGUUUGGUGGAGGAUUCCACUGAAGGAUGCAUUGAACCAUCCCGAUGUCCCUGUUUAUUUGGAGGUGAAACCUUUGGUGGUGGAGAAACAAUCACCAUUGAUUGCAAUACAUGCACAUGCAAUGGUGGAGAAUGGGAAUGCACUGAUAAUUCAUGUCCAAAGACCUGCACUGUUUAUGGAGAUGGUCACUACAUAACAUUUGACGGAAAACGAUUCAAAUUUGAUGGCAACUGUGAAUAUAUCUUUGUGGAGGACAAAUGUCGACGAGAGAUUGGUACAUUCCAAAUACUGACACAAAGUGUUCCCUGCUGUGAAAAUGGAGUGACAUGUUCAAGAGAAAUCAGAAUCUUGAUUGGGGGGAGAGAAUUAACUUUAUCGAGUGCAACUGGAGUACGUGAGGUGUCCUCUGAAUACAGCCAGUGCGCAGACAAUUCAUAUACAAUUCACACAGUUGGACUCUACUUAAUCCUGUCAUUUUCCAAUGGGAUCAUUUUGGUUUGGGAUAAACGGACACGACUUUCAAUCACACUGGAUCCAAAAUGGAAGAAUAAAGUUUGUGGCCUUUGUGGAAAUCUCAAUGAUGAUCUUGAAGAUGACUUAACAUCAAAGGGGAACACCUUGCUGACCAGCACUGUGGAAUUUGGGAACACCUGGAGAUCCACGCAGCUUUGCUCCGAUACAGUAAAUGAGAUAUAUCCAUGUGAUAACAAUCCAUAUUGUUUGUCAUGGGCGCAGAAGAGGUGCAACUUAAUUCAUAGCGCAAUCUUUCAAGCGUGCCAUAAAAAGGUUGAUCCAAUUCCAUUUUAUGAUGCUUGUAUUCAAGAAGCUUGUGCCUGUGAUAUGGAGGGAAAGUAUCUUGGUUUCUGUACUGCUGUAGCUGUGUAUGCAGAAGCUUGUAAUAAAGCUGAAGUUUGUAUUCGCUGGAGAACCCCUGAACUUUGUCCUGUGUACUGUGACUAUUAUAAUGCUCCCAAUGAAUGCAGCUGGCACUAUCAGCCGUGUGGAACGAUAACAACAAGAACAUGUACCGGCCAUUUCAUUGGAAAGAAGUAUUCGGCAGUUCUUGAAGGUUGCUAUGCCAAAUGCCCAGAGAGUGCUCCUUAUUUGGAUGAAAAUACAAUGAAGUGCGUUGCAUUACCUCAGUGUACAUGCUAUUAUGAGGGAAGGAUAUUGCAACCGGGUGAAACAACAAGAAAUGGUUGUGAAGAAUGUAUGUGCCAAGAUGGCAUCUGUACGUGCCACCGAACAACAACCACAACUGCUACAACAACAGUCACAACACCAACAACAACUACGAUUUCUUCAACCACCAGUACAGAAACAACACCAACAACUGAGACCACUACCGUCACUACAUCAGAAACAACACCAACAACUGAGACCACCACCAGCACUACAUCAGAAACAACACCAACAACAUCUUUGACAACUGGUACAACUGAGUCCAGCUCCAGUUCCACAACAGUAGAAACACCAACAACUACAUCAACAACUCAGACCACUACCAGUACUACAUCAGGAACAACACCAACAACAUCUUUGACAACUGGUACAACUGAGACCACCUCCAGUUCCACAACAGAAACACCAACAACUACAUCAACAACUGAGACCACUACCAUUACUACAUCAGGUUAG